AUGCUGCGUCAGGCACUUCGCAGAUUUGGUCAAAAGCUGGUACGCAGACGUCCGCUGGAGAAAAGAGUGUUUGAGUAUGAAACUGGCAUAAAAAUGAGCACUCUGGAUUUAGUGGCCCUGGGUGUGUGCCGCACAGUGGGUGUUGGUGUGUAUUUCCUGGCUAAUGAGGUGGCCAGUAAUCAAGCAGGACCAUCCAUUGUGAUCUGCUUUCUGGUGGCCGGCCUGACUUCAUUGUUGGCUGGGCUGUGCUACGCAGAGCUGAGUGCCCGGGUUCCCCAUCCUGGCUCAGCAUAUCUCUACAGCUAUGUCACUAUGGGUGAACUCUGGGCUUUCAUCACUGGCUGGAACCUCAUCCUCUCCUUUGUUGCUGAUGCGUUCAUUAUGAUCCAGGCCUGGUUCUUACCUUUUGACAUCCUGACUGGGACCCGGAUCUCUGAGACCCAGCAUGAGAGCAUCUCAGAGCAAGUUCCCCAAUUCUUUGCAGACAAUGUAAAAUACCUUUUUGUCCUCUUUCUGUUUUUCUUCAUGGAAAUUCAAUAUGUGGGGUUCCAUGGGUUACUCAGAAUUUUCCAAGUCUUCACAUUGGUGAAGCUUUUGGUUCUCAGUUUUAUCAUCAUCUCUGGCUUCAUUAAGGGGGACCUACACAACUGGAACCUCACAGAAAAGGACUACGUACAGGCUGGACUCAAUGACUCCUCUCGCUUGGGUCCUCUGGGCUCUGGAGGAUUCAUGCCUUUUGGCUUCCAGGGGCUUCUCCGAGGAUCAGCUUCCUGUUUCUAUACAUUUAUAGGUUUCAGCGUUAUUGUUACCAGAGUCAAAGAAUCACACAAUCCCCAGCAUUCCAUCCCCAUGGCCAUUGUGGUUUCACUGCUCAUCUGCUUUUUGGUCUACAUGAGCUUUACAUUCCCCAUAAGUGUGGUGAUAUACAUGAUGGCAAAGGAUCGCCUCCUGUUCCCUUUUCUUGCCAGGAUCCGUACUGGCACAUAUGGCUACAUUGUAGUCUCUGUGAUGUUUAUCAUUAUUGCAGCAAUAAUGAUAUUCUUCUUUGGACUCAUUGAUCUUCUGGACCUGAGGUCAAUUGGGACCCUGAUAUCUUAUUCCCUGGUAGCUUUUUGUGUUCUCAUCGUCAGGUAUCAGCCUGAGAGGAGGAAGGAGGAAAAUGAAGAAGCGCUGCAGGGGGAGAAUGAGGGAGAUGAAGCACAGGUGCAGGAGGAGAACGGACCUGCAGCAGAGAAGCUGACUCUACAGGGACUAUUUUUUCCAGGCAGCCCCACCCCCACUCCACUCUCUGGCAGGAUUGUCUAUGUUUGCUCCUCACUGCUUGCUCUGCUGCUGACUCUCCUCUGCCUGGUGCUGGCCCACUGGCCAGGUCUGCUUUCUGGAGACCCAGGUCCGAUCACAGUGGUCGUGCUGCUCCUGGCGCUCAUCACUGGGGUCACUGGGAUGACAGCUGCCACCUGGCUGAGAUUUGGUGUCUGGAUGCUGAUUGGGUUUGCUAUCUACCUCAGCUAUGGGAUCCAGCAAGCCUGUUCGUUUAUCCGCACUUAA